AUGCUCUAGUACGCUACUUUUUAUUGGCUAAGGCUUGCUAGUCUCAAACCUCAUGUCAAGGAAAAUGCAGAAAUGCUCUGGGGAGUGCAUAUACCAUAUGCUAAUAACAUAUUGGAUAUCAGGCCAAAUCAGGAGACUGUUAUAAUAGGAACUCUCUUUAAGGAGAUGCCACUAAAGCCAUCCAUAUUGAAAAAUGUAUUAGGCGUCUUAGGAACCAAAAAGUUUAGUCAUGGCCUCUAUGUCAGUGAGGAUGAUUAUGCUGUUCUUGAAGACAUAUCAGGUAGAAUAAGAGUAAAGAGAGGGGCUAACUUUAAUCAUGAUAAUUUUGUAUCUGGAACAAUCAUUGGACUAAGAGGAAUCGUGGAUAAUAAUGGCUUUUUUGAGGUUAUUGAUUAUUGUUUUUCAGGAAUUCCUUAUAAUAAUCCUCUACCCCUUAGUGUGGCAAUCAACAAAUAGCGCGAUCUAUACGAAGGUCUUGAUGAUCCUAAAAGAGAGUUUGUUGCUUUUAUCAGUGGCUUGGAAUUUGGGCAAACCUGUGAUGUUAUGUCGGUUGAAUUGUUUCUCAGAUUCAUGAGAGGAGAGCUAGGAGGACCUAAAAAUACAAAGUUGGCUAGUUAAAUUUCAAGAGUUGUGAUCUGUGGUAAUUCUAUUGUUUAGCCUGAGGAUUCUGACUAAGUUCUUAGAGGAUCUUAUAGGGUAGUAUACAAGAGUAUCUCAGAUGUCCUUGACACUUUCGAGAACUUCUUAGAUCAACUGAGUUUAAUGGCUGAUGUAGAUAUAAUGCCAGGCCAAGAUGAUUUCAGCAGCAGCUUCUUACCGUAAUAGCCUUUAAACUCUUGCCUUUUCCCAUAGCUUCAAAGCAGAGAUUCAAUUAAUCUUGUUACUAAUCCCCACAAAUUCAAAAUGAGUGGACUCAGUUUCUUAGGAACAUCAGGCUAAAACCUAAAUGAUAUCUAUUCUUACACCAAAGGUACAUUUAGAAACAAAGAUGAUAAGCAGUAUGACUCUCUAGGAGCACUUGAAAUGAUCUUAGAAAUCAGACACUUAUGUCCCUCGGCACCAGAUACUCUCAGAGCUUAUCCUUAAUUAGAAUCAGACCCUUUUAUUAUUCAUCAAUCACCUCACAUACUUUUCGCUGGUAAUCAGGAUAAAUAUCAGGAGAAGAUGAUAGUAAAUGAAGCUACUUAAAACUCUCCUUACAAGCAAGGUGUAAAACUCGUCAGCGUGCCAACUUUCACCAAGAGCAAAAGCAUAGUAUUAUUGGAUUUGACUACUCUAUAAACCUAUGAAGUGAAAUUUGAUUUGUCUGAGGGAGUAAUGCCUGCCCGUGAUUCAGCAAUGGAUGGAGGAACUGCUGAUAAUGGUGAGAGAAACAGUAUGCAUUUAAUGUGA